AUGCCAUUCAAGAUAUGUUAUCUCACUCUUGAAGGCCUUGGUCUUACUAUAAUGGUGGUUCUUGGCCAAACUCUGCUAUGGCAGCUUACUGUUGUAGCCAUAAAGAUGAAAAGACCAGAAAUCGCUGCAAGAGCUAUUGAAGUUGCUGAAAAACGCAUAUUAAGAGACAAAUGGCUUGAAUACUUUGACACAAAAAGAGGAAGGUUCAUCAGAAAACAAGCACAGUUAUUCCAAACAUGGUUAAUUAUUGGAUACCUUGUGGUUAAGCUUCUACUUGUAGACCCAAGUGCAGCCAAAAUUUUUAUAACUAAAGAGGAUUCUAAGCUUGUCAAUGCCUUCUCUUGCAUGAUAAGUGUUAACCCCAAGAGAAAGUGUUGUCGGAAGAACUCCUGA